CAUCUCCCGUCUCCUAUCUUUCCAAUUGCACUCGCAAACAUGGCCUGGCUCCUGUCCUCGCUCCCCUCCAUUCCCGGAUGGUCUGGCUCGGCCCCCUCCCCCUCGGCUCGCGUAAUCCGCUCCGGGAACAUGCCCGGAGGUUUCUCCUCGCCCAAAAAUGAGGACGAGGAGGAGUACGACGACACACCCCCGCAGUUUCCUCUGCAAGACUCGGCGCAGCGCUCAGCCCCAUCAGCACUGCCAGCCGCCCCAGCCAUCGCUGUGCCCGCACCGUCCUUCGCGCUGGCCCCGCCCUCCCCCACGUCCUCAACGCACAGUGCCUCGCCGCCAUCUGAUCUCAACAUCGCGAUUGUAGACGCACCGCUCGGAGACAUGAGGUUGCCACACAGCACGACCGCGCGACCAACGUUCGGUAUCAAGACUGGCGGCGGGCUGGUGGCAGACAGGAGCGCAGCGGGGCGGGGCGCUAUGCCGCCUCCACCAACGACGAAUGGUUCGCGUGCGGUCUCUUCCUCUUCUUCCGCCCUGAAUCCCGCUCCGUCACGGGCACUGGCUGCGGCAACUCCAGCGAAGCUCGCUGACGGGUCUGCCCUCUCUCCCGCGCCGGUGAAGAAGAAGGGCCGCGGCAAGGUUGCUCUCGAGCCCGGCCACUCUGCGCUCGACUGGGCGAGGCUCGCCAAGUCUGGCGCAAACCUCCGGGGCUUCCAUGGACCACCGAUGCGCGUCACGAUGGAGGAGCUGAAGAAGCACAAGACUGAGGAGGACGCCUGGUCCGCGUUUAAUGGGAUUGUGUACAACAUUACACCGUACCUCAAGUUCCACCCCGGAGGCGUCGAGGAGCUCAUGCGAGUAGCCGGCCGUGACGGGACCAAGCUGUUCAUGCUCACGCACUCAUGGGUCAAUCUCGAGCACUUGAUGCAGGAGUGCAUGGUUGGCAUGCUCGUGCGUGGAUAGAGCACGUGCACAAGACCAAGACAGCGACAUAGAGACUAGCAAUAGAGUCUAGAUGCGAUAACAUGCGCAUGUG